CGUCAUUGUAAACCGCGUUACACGUCGCGGGGUUCAGAUUUAACACAUUUUUUAUAGCGCUUUCAGUGCAUCUUAAUAUUUCCAUCGAAAUAUGGGAUCUCACGUGCGGGAUUUUACACCGGCUUGAAAAGGUGUACAUUAAAAGCACCGUUAUGGAGAAAACGGAUCUACAUUUUUGGAUCUAAGAUUUUGACCACCUCAUGGCUCAGAGGAACUUUGCUCCACCCGUCCAAUGAUCCCUCGCUUCCGCCUGCACUUUAAAUGCAGGAUCACUAACGCGUGAUUCAGGGUUACACGAUCCAUUGGAUGUGAAUUCUGAUGGAGUCACUAACAGGUGGAAGCUCACCUGCCCUCUGCUGGUAUGGCACCCUGCGCACCUGUUUCCCCAUCCUCACCUGGCUGCCCAGGUACAACCUCACCUGGCUGAAGAUGGACCUGAUCGCUGGUCUAACCGUGGGCCUUACCGCGGUUCCUCAAGCCUUGGCUUACGCAGCGGUGGCUGGUUUACCUGUGCAGUACGGUUUGUAUUCUGCAUUUAUGGGCGGCUUCAUCUAUUGUAUAUUUGGCACAUCUAAAGACAUCACGCUGGGUCCCACGGCCAUCAUGUCCCUGCUGUGUUCCUCAUAUAUCGGCGGAGACCCCGUUUUCGCCGUGGUGCUCACGCUUUUGUGCGGGGUUAUUCAAGCAGGAAUGGCUCUGCUGAGGUUGGGGUUUCUUUUGGACUUCAUCUCUUAUCCGGUAAUAAAAGGAUUUACCUGUGCCGCCGCAGUCAUCAUUGGCUUUGGCCAGGUGAAGAACAUUCUAGGUCUGAAGGACGUCCCACAGAGCUUCGUUCUGCAGGUGUACUACACCUUUCACAAGUUACCAGAGGCCAGAGUAGGAGACGUGGUUCUGGGUCUGUGCUGUCUUCUCGUCCUGGUCACGUUGAAAAUGAUGAUGACUUCUCUGGGUUCUGCUGAGGACGAAGCCCCUCGCCUCAUCCGGACGGCCAGAGGCCUGGUGUGGAGUUUAGCCACAAUUCGGAAUGCGCUGGUCGUGAUAGCGGCGACGGCUGUCGCGUACUCCGCGGAGGUCGCGGGAAGCCAUUUCUUCAGUCUGACUGGGAAAUCGGCCAAAGGCCUCCCGCCUUUCGAAGCUCCGCCCCUUUCAGAGAUAGCCAAUGGCACGGUUAUUACAUUCAGCGAUAUUGCAAAGGAUUUGGGCGGCGGCCUGGCUGUCAUUCCUUUAAUGGGCGUCCUGGAAAGCAUCGCUAUUGCCAAAGCGUUUGGUAGCAAGAACAACUACCGAAUUGAUGCCAACCAAGAGCUCUUUGCCAUCGGUCUCACAAACAUCAUGGGCUCAUUUGUGUCGGCUUACCCCGUCACGGGCAGUUUCGGAAGAACCGCAGUAAAUUCUCAAAGCGGCGUAUGUACACCUGCUGGCGGUGUGGUAACAGGUGUCAUCGUGCUGUUGUCGUUGGCAUUUCUAAUGCCGCUGUUCUUCUACAUCCCCAAAGCUUCACUCGCUGCAGUCAUAAUAUGUGCCGUCAGCCCCAUGGUUGACUUUCGGGUGCCCGUUCAGCUCUGGAGAGUCAAGAAACUUGACCUGCUGCCCUUCCUGGUGACGUUUUUGGUCAGUUUCUGGGAGAUACAGUAUGGGAUCGUGGGAGGGGUUGGCGUGUCGGCGUUUAUGUUGCUAUACAUCAUGGCCAGACCUAAAGUGAAGGUGUCGGAUCAAGGCGUUGUGGUCCUGGAGUUGGACAGCGGGCUGAAUUUUCCCGUGACUGAAUAUCUGAGCAGGAUUGUCUACACACACGCACUUCACGCGUCUCCGCCGCGAUGUCUGGUUCUAGACUGUUCUCAUGUCAGCUGUAUAGACUACACUGUUGUGCAUGAACUUGAAGAACUUCUUCAACAGUUUGAACUCAGAGGAGCUUCACUAGUCUUUGCCGGACUGAAGCCUUCAGUUUUAAAGGUGCUGUUGACGGCUGAACUGCCUGCUUUCAGACACACUGACAGUAUAGAGGAGGCACUACAACUUUUGACAGAACUCUCUUAUUAUGACCAGCAAUCCUGACAACCAAUCACUUACAGGAACAGAAACCGUUCCGCCCACUCUCAGCCAAUCAGCUGAUCAGUGAUUGGCUGCAUGGAAUGGCUGUGCACCUCUCUGACCAAUCACCACUCAGGAAACAAGUCACUGAUACAAAUGUUACGUUUACAACCAAAUUACUGUUUUUGCACUAUCAAGAGAGCUUUUAAAGUCAGGAUGGCUAUUUCCUAUGUUUCUCAUAUUGAUAUAUAAUGGAAUACUUUUUUAAAUUUACUUUUUUGUAUUGUUUCUAAAUCAUGUUCAUAAUGUUGUGACUGUAAUAUUAACAUGCACUUAUUAACACUAGAAUUACAAAUCAAAACCUUCGUAAGCACUAAAAUCAGGUUAUUAGAUCUGAAUGGAUUACACGUGAAGCGUUCUGCACUAUAAAAGCAGUACUGUAAUGUCUGUUUUCUGCAGUUCAAAGUACUAAGAAGCAAUAUGUCAUAUGUUUUGUCAGCUGCACAGCAUUUGUACGUUUACAUUUUAAUUUUGCGAAGGAAACAGAUUUGUUUUACUUUUUAUUUAAGGCUGAUUCGUACUGGCAGAUUUUGGACUGACCCAGAUGAAAUAGACUUUAUAACUGAAACAUUUGUCUUUCUAAUUUAAGUGCCAUUGUCUAGAUUCUGUACAAAACCCUUAUCUCAACUUGAGUAAGUUUUAUAAUAUGGUGUGGUUGUAUGUUUGCUCUCUGUCAUUAAAGUGGCACACGCCCUGGUAAAGAUAAUAGACCCGACAGGUUUUUUUUUAAUGUCACACUGCAUGUUAUUUUCCCCUACUGCAAACACUUCUGUUCCCAAGGCUGGAAAGACACGGAUAACCCGAGAGACUUCAUGGUAAACGUUUUAUCUUGGUUAUUAAUACUUAAUAUGUUUAAAUAAUAGACAUUGGAAUAUGGUUAUAAUGGCAGUUGUAUUGGUUUUAAUGGAAACUAUAAUGGUCUCUGUGGGAUGUCUAAUUGGUGGAUGGAAACCAAUGGAACAUUAUUAAAUCCUACUGGAAUAAAACCUAAAACACUCAA